AAUAGCAGGUGUUUGAGGCGCUGCUCGUUUUUUGCUGCUGCUCGCCCGUGACCUCUGCCAUGUCCGCCGCCAGCCCCGAGCCGUCCGCGCCGAUCCCUACGUCCCCGGGUCGUGUAUUCUUUCAGACGGCACCCGGUGUGGGGUGCGUCGGUAACGGCCCAGUGCCUCGGGACGAACCUGUGCAGAAGAAGCAGGGAAAAGUCACGGUGAAGUACGACCGAAAAGAGCUGCGGAAGAGACUCGUGCUGGAAGAGUGGAUCAUAGAGCAGCUGAGCGAGCUGUACGACUGCGAGGAAGAAGAGAUGCCAGAGGUCGAGAUCGACAUUGAUGAUCUUCUAGAGGUGAACAGCGAAGAUGAGAGAGCUGUAAAAUUACAGGAAUCCCUCACAGACUGCUAUAAGCCUACUGAUACUUUUGUACAGGAGCUCCUCAGAAGGAUAAGGGGAAUGAGGAAACUUGGUGCUCCACAGAAGAAAAGCCUUUAAGUGCUCAGCAAAUGGCAACGACAAUCCAGCUGCAAUGACUGCAAGUCUCAAAAUCAAUCAUCCAGCCCGCGCUUGGUUCGCCCUAACCAGCUCCUCAUAGUCUGGACUACAAAUCCCAGACAGGACUCCAGUAUUUGCGUCCAAAAUUGAUAGAUUGUAGCGUUCACUUAGCACAGCCUACCACAACCUCAUAGGUUUUUUAAAAGCCUAUAAUGUGAUUUACAUGACAAAAUGUUUGGUUGGUUUUUUUGUACAGUGCUAUUCAUUUAAUGUUAUGUCUGUAAUCUUAUUGUAAGACAUUUUUUUUUUUUUUUUAAAUGGAUAAAUUGUCCGCAUUUUAAAGGUCAAGGAUUUGGAGUCAUUGUUAGGUGAGCUGUUUAUUUUGAGCAUUUUGAUUCGUCUUCCCGACAUUUAUAUUACAAUCUAACUAGCAUUUCAGUGUAGUUUUUGGUUUGGUUUUGUUUUUAAAACCUUGUUACACACUUUGGAGUCUUUUAGUUAAAGACAUGUGACUGAAACAGUAUGUAAAGGGAAUUUUCUAGCUCAGUUUAGAUGUAAAAAGCAAAAACGAACAAACAAAUGCAGCCUGUUUUAUGGCUGAUGCGUAGCUACUGUAUAGUGAGUGCUAUAGAGCCAUUUCAACUAGCUUGCUUUGGAUAUUUUAAGCAUUGUGUGUGUGUGUAUAUAAAUAAAUUUGUCUACACUCCUUUUUAUUUCUCCUUUUGUACGUCGGUCGCCACAGAAUGCAAAAUGGUGGAGUGUGUAUAAAGAGCUGUGCCUGUAAAUGAACGUGUGUAACAUCACCGCACUCAUUUCCACCUUACAAAUGUCACCCUCCUGCUGAGACGGUGUACAAAUUGUCCAGUAAGACAGAAAAGCAACGAUGGUGCUGUUAAUGUUCCCUUAUUAAUUCUUCAAAAGCAGUGGUGCCAUCGUCCUGGGCUUUCUGUAUUCAGACUUUUUACUCUGCGAUCUUGUGUUAAGUCUAUCAUUCGUUUUCUCAUCACUGGAUGAGUGAGAUGUCCGUUGUCCUGAAUGCAGCGUUUUCUCUCAUUAAAGGAAACUUUGUUUUUUAUUUUUAUUUGUUGGAUGAGACUGAGCAUCAUGGUGGAUUGGACAGGUUCCUUUUUGUGAUCCUGUUUGAUAAACUCUUAUGUAUGUGUGUUUUAGAUACUCGAGAAUUCUUCAGGGUUUUUCAGGGCUUUGGCUUAACUUAUUCUUUUAAUGAAUUCUGUAAACAUUAGAAGAAAUGAGUCUUUUACUUUUGCAUGUGUUUCACUGGCAUGAAGGGAACUUUUUAGUCCAACACUUGUAUCACUUUUUUUUUUUUUAUAUACCUUAUUGAUAUUACUGUUUGACACUCCAAGAUUUUUAUUAACUGUAUAUCUGAGUUAUAAAUAGAUGUUCUUUUUUUUUUAUUAUUGUGUGUGUGUGUGUGUGUGUGUGUGUGUGUGUGUGUGUGUGUGUGUGUGUGUGUGUGUGUGUGUGUGUGUG